UUCUCAUUCCGAACAUUCUUAGCAUCGCUCGCGCUGCACAAGCCCAUUCGAAAGCCCAGCCCGCCCUGCCGCCACCGGUUUUGGGGGCAGUAACUAAUCACUUGAAGGGCUUCAAUAAUCCCGCAAGCCAACAAGCUGUAGAGCCCAAGACGCACACACACAGUGAUUUUUUAAGGGGCAAAAAAAAAAAAAAUUAACAUCCAAAAAACAACCAACAAGCAAAAAAAAAAAAACAACAACCAACCAAACACGAAGGCUAUUAGACAUUUUAAAAGCAAGCCAAAAGUCCCCAGGGGAAGCUGGAAGAAGUUUUGAAAUUGAUUUGCACAAAAAACAAAAACAAAAAAAGAAAGGCUGGUGGUGUUUGCAAAGGUGGGGAGUGGAGUGGAGAACUGCUGCUGCUUAAUUGCACAUUCAAGUGGAAAAUUUUUCCGGAGUCAGCAGAAACAUUGUAUCCCAAAAAGACAACAAAGUCACAGUUCCAACAAAACGAGGAGAUUGUCCCUGGAAAACUUCCUUCGGCGAGCCUCAACUUACAACAGUUCAUUUAGUGACCAUUCAAAAUUACGAAGACCACUGUAAAAAGUUAAUUCUCUUAAAGCUUCCAGGCUAAGGCUUGGACCAACCAGCCACCACCAUUGAGCCCAGCAGCUGGAGCGGCAGCGAGAGUCCUGCCGAGGACAUUGAAAGAAUGAGUGAUUCUGCAGAUAAACCUAUUGACAAUGACGCAGAAGGGGUCUGGAGCCCAGAUAUUGAGCAGAGCUUUCAGGAGGCCCUAGCUAUAUAUCCCCCUUGCGGGAGGAGGAAAAUCAUAUUGUCUGAUGAAGGCAAAAUGUAUGGUAGGAAUGAACUGAUAGCCAGAUACAUCAAACUUAGGACGGGAAAGACACGGACCAGGAAACAGGUGUCUAGUCACAUACAGGUCUUAGCCAGGAAGAAAGUUCGAGAAAUUCAAGCUGCCAUUAAGGUGUCUAGUCACAUUCAGGUUCUUGCCAGAAGGAAAUCUCGUGAUUUUCAUUCCAAGCUGAAGGAUCAGACUGCAAAGGACAAAGCACUCCAGCACAUGGCAGCCAUGUCCUCCGCUCAAAUAGUGUCUGCAACAGCGAUUCACAAUAAGUUGGGUUUGCCAGGAAUUCCCCGUCCGACGUUCCCUGGAGCACCUGGAUUUUGGCCUGGGAUGCUACAAACAGGACAGCCUGGAUCUUCUCAGGACAUAAAGCCAUUCGUUCAGCAGGCCUAUCCUAUACAGCCCACAGUCACAACUCCCAUUUCAGGAUUUGAACCCACGUCAGCUCCAGCACCCUCUGUUCCAGCUUGGCAAGGUCGAUCUAUUGGAACAACUAAACUCAGACUCGUAGAAUUUUCUGCUUUUCUAGAACAACAAAGGGAUCCAGACUCUUAUAACAAACACCUCUUUGUGCACAUUGGACACGCCAACCACUCUUAUAGCGAUCCAUUGCUGGAGUCAGUGGACAUUCGUCAGAUUUAUGACAAAUUCCCUGAAAAGAAGGGAGGCUUGAAGGAACUGUUUGGAAAAGGACCCCAGAAUGCCUUCUUCCUAGUAAAAUUUUGGGCGGAUUUAAAUUGCAACAUCCAAGAUGAUACAGGAGCAUUCUAUGGUGUAACUAGUCAAUAUGAAAGUUCAGAAAACAUGACAAUCACCUGUUCCACCAAAGUCUGCUCAUUUGGAAAGCAAGUGGUGGAAAAAGUAGAGACGGAAUAUGCACGGUUCGAGAAUGGUCGGUUUGUGUUUAGAAUAAAUCGCUCCCCAAUGUGUGAAUAUAUGAUCAACUUCAUCCACAAGCUCAAGCAUUUACCAGAGAAAUAUAUGAUGAACAGUGUAUUGGAAAACUUUACAAUUUUGUUGGUUGUAACGAACAGGGACACUCAAGAAACGCUCCUUUGCAUGGCUUGUGUAUUUGAAGUUUCAAACAGCGAACAUGGUGCACAGCAUCACAUCUACAGGCUUGUGAAGGACUGAACCGUUAUUUAUAGACACCUUUUCAAUAUGACUCCUUAUGAAAAUACAGACUGUCAACCUCAACACUAAGUGGCAGUUUUCUUUGGCUGAGCUGUCCCCAACAUUUUUCUAAACCUCAUUGGAGUGUGUUGAUAAAUAUUGUAGCUGUGAAAUUCUGGUACAGUUGUACAAAUUCUUUCUUAAAACAAAGUGUUCUUUAAAUUUAUAAAGCCACCCUUUUGGAGGGAGACUAUAUUUAAGAAUUUGUGGAAGUUUUAACUUGUGUUAGAAAAAUGUAAGACAGAGCAAUUGCCAUGGAAAAGCUUAACAGCAGUUAUAAGAAUUUAUGAGGUGUUUUGUCUCAAUUAAUGAAAUCAUGUUUCUAAGGUGCAAGAAUGAAAUGAAUUUUAACUAAGCAUAAAUUAGCACACAAAUUGUUUUUUAAAAAAGUAUCUUCAUAACUGAUUACUGUGGAAAAUACAGACGAAUGUAAAUCACUAAAUUAUUUUAUACUGCAAUUCAAUUUCUGUUUGAAGCCAAAUGACAAACUUAGCCUUAAGAAAUGCCUGAUGGGAAUGGACAGGUCCUUAAAGUAGGCAAAAUAUUUUUUUUUUCUUUCCCUCUAUAUUAAACUAAUAUUCUAAUUCACUGAAACUUUCAAGCAGGUAUUGCAAAGCGAGAAGACUUCCUUUCUUUUACUAAUUUUAUCUAGUGCAUUAAAAAAUAUAAAAUAUUUGUACUAAUAAGGACAUUUGAUUAUUUAAUUAAAAGAUGGCUCGUUUUGCAAUAACUAGACAAUUACUGAAAAAUUAGGCUUACAGUGUAUGUAAUCCUGUGUGCGUGAUUAUAUAUUAUAUGAAAUGGUUUUGUUUUGUUUUUCUUAACAACUUAAGAAAUUGCAACACCCAAAUUACCAAUUAGAUGGGAGAGGGAUUUGGAAGUGCUAUUUUUUUAAUUACAUUGUCAAAUAAAAGCCACAAUUAUUGUAAUUGGGGGGGAAAAAACAAUAGGUCUAAAACAAAAGGUUCAUCUGUUUUAAUGUCUUUAGAAUCCUAAAAAUAUCUGACAUUGACAAAAGACUGAUUGGUUUCUUUAAGCUAAUCUUGUUCAAUGUGAUCCACCAGGUGAAAUAUGUAAAAUAUCAGCUAAUUGUGGAAGCCACAUUAAGGACUUAAUAUAUUUCAGAACUGUUUUACACAGACUCAGAUCACUGUUUCACCUAGCUCAGGUUUGCCAAUAGGGAUUGAGAAUUAUUUUCUAGGAUUGUGCACUGGCUGGAGAAUUCUGAGAGUUGAAGUCCACAUAUCUUAAAGUUGCCAAAAUUGAGAAACACUGCUCUAGGAUAUCAAGCAUUUUUUUAAAAAAAAAAUAAAUAAAUAUAAAAGCCAAGACUGGACCUUCUAGAUAUAAUGCCAGCACAUGACUAUAUCCCUUCACAAAUAAGUAGCUUCUGUGAUAAUUUGAAAUAAAUCCAAGACUGUUAAGCAUUUGGCUGCCCAGAAUGCAUAUCUGGUGAGUUACAGGUGGCUUGGUAGACUCUUCUAGACUGUUUCACCUGGUCUAGAAAUUGCCAUGAUGAAUAUAACUUUCCACAGCCUUAUGUUCUUCCAGAUGGGUUGAACUAUAAUUCUCUGAAUAUCCAACCAGCACUGAUGGUUGAAUUUGUGACCAACUUUUCUUUUGUAGACUUCUCAAAAUAUCUGGCUCAAUCCUCCUUCUUGUUGAUCAUUAUCCAUGUUUUUCUUUUUCUGUCCACAAUUCUGUUUGUCAGGAAAAGGAACACAGCACUCAUGCCAAAGGUUUGAACAGUUUAUUUGCAUAGAGCUUUCUACACAAAUCCUUCUCUUAAUCUCUUCAUUUUAUCUUCUGUACUAUAAUUUCCCUUCAUCUGCGCUUCCCCCCACUGUUUAGAUAUACAAUAUUUUGUAUUGCUUAGGCACACAAUCUGAUUGUACCUAUGUAGGGUUGUUUUUCCUUCAGUAACAUAUUACGUACAAAGUUUAGGUCUUCAUAAAAGAGCAAGACUGAAAUGUGGCUUAAUCAAGAUUAUAUUAAGACAUGCAAUUUAGGAAGGGUUCAUGCUCACAAGAUGGUUUGAUACAUGCUUUAAACAACUAUUCUGGUUCUAAGCCAUCUCCUUAUGUGCCAUAAUUCAACUUGGUGGUUUGAAGUGCUGGCACAUGAAAAUUUUAGCCACAAAUAAUAACUAAGUCUGUCUUUUGUUUCUUCACUUGCGGAAGCAGAUUUACUUGAGAAGUUUCUAGAAGCGUAGCAGUAGAUAAAUGUUAGAAUGCAAUUUCCAUCCUCAUAUACUUGCACUCCAACAUCUGAGACAAGGACAUAAGUUAUUAUUUUUCCGUCAUGAUGUCAAUUUGCACAUUUUGUCACUAUACCCCCUGAAAUAUAUGGAAAUAUAUGAAAAAUAUGGAAGCUUUCCUCCUUCAUAUUGAUUUUACAUUCAUGAUAGAAUGACAAUAGUUGCUGCUCUUAGCAACUAUUCCAAUUCCAAUUCCUUACAGUUUUUUAAAUUUUGGAGUCGCUCUUAAGGUAAAUGCUAUAUAUAAAACAUUUUAGGCACUGUGUUAAUAAACUUUCACAAAAACAUUUCCAUCAAAGACUGCAAGGUACAGUUCAUCUGGAAGGUUCUGUUUUACUUCAUUGUUGAAGAUUAUGGUGCUUAACAUUUGGAAGGCUGCAUAACGCUGUGGUCUUCUGUCCAUGAUUGCAUUCACUUGUCUAGUGGAUUGUUGCAGCACACGGUUCCUCAAACAUUUUCUAACACUUGCGUUCACAAAAGUAAGAGGGUCGGCCAGCAGUAGAAUGGAAGGCCAAGAAGAAUGUUGGAAUGCUUAGUAAACUGAGCAUCUUUUGACUAAUAGAUGUUAAGGCAGAUGAACCUCUUGGGCUGCAAUCAACUGGAUGUAAAUCCUGUUGAACUAAAUAGGACUUACUUCUGGGUAGAUAUGCACACAGGAUUGUGCUGUCAGUCAUUUUGUCUGAGAGCACUAGAACUGAAUAUUUAUGGUUGGGUCUCUUCAUGUGUUUCUAACACUAGCAAAAUACCUUAAAUAGAAGCACUGCAUUUUAGCUAGCAGAAGGAGCCCUUUAUUUGAAGCACUUGGUGUUACAGGUCUAAAAUUCUCUUUUUAACAGUCGAGUAUUAUAAGGCUUUGGGUUUGGGGUUUAUUUAUUUUAGGGAGAAAAAGUUUUAAAACAUUAGGAUCACUUUUCACAUGUGAAACAGAUCAGUUUGCAAAAUAGGCACAGUUUGUUUUUUCUUCUGAUAAUGCAGCCUGCUACAAAAGUAUGUAAUGACUGUACAGUCUGAAGCAUCCUAAUGUUUCUUGAUGUUCGUUUUUGUAAAAAUGUAUGGGGAACUGUUUGCCUUGUCAGUCACUUAUUUGUGGAUGUAAACGAUUCAUCCCCUGAGCAUGUUUCUUCCUCAAGCCUUAAGUCUGUCAAAGGUUUUGUGUGGAAUGUCUGGUCCCCCCAAACGCUGCCUGGCAACUGUGAGCUCUUUUGUAAGCUGGAAGCAUCUCUCUUGUUACUGUUAUUUGUGGUAGGAACUUCUUAAUUCCAAGCUGCCAAAGCAUUACAAUAUGCAGUGCCUUAGUGCUAUAGUAGGAGUACCUUCUAGCCUAUCAUGCCAAUCAUAUGUAGUCCAUUAAUUUGGUUUAUUUAUGUAUAUAUAAAAAAUAAUCUAGAGGAAACCCUUUUGGUCGAAGAAACCUUCCUACACAAGUCAGUCCCCAUCACCACAUAGUUGGAAUCUUUAUACCAAAAUGAAACAAAACGGCUCUAGAAUUUUCUGCAGAAAGUGAAUUGUAUAAAUAAUGCUGCCUUUUCCAAUUCUCAUGACCAAAUACUUAGUUUGUGACUCUGCACUCUUGCAUGCAAGUGCCUUUGGUUUUGAAGUUCCAGCUUAGAAAAGUGCUGCCAUAAUAAUGACAAAUUGUAGAGACCAAAAAUAUUUAGAGAUCACCAUAAUGCCUUUGGUUUAUUGGACACAGUCAAAACUAACAGGCCUCCGUUCUCAAAGAGUAUCUUUUUAUAGUAGCAUGCUUUUUUCAAAUCACAAGAGUGCAUAAUGCUGGAAACUAAUCUCCCUCUUGUUUCUGAGGCUUUGAUAACUAGCAUUAAAAAGGAAAAAAAAAUCAGUAUUUCACCUUUGCCAUGUCUUUCUCCAUCCAAUUUGACAUUUCUCCAUAAUUAGCAGAAAAUUAAGCAAAGGACAAGUGUGAUUUUAUUAAUGUACUAACUAGUUCUGUGAAGAUGGCCCUCUUCUCCAUUUUAAAUUUGCACUUAUUUUGUUUACAAACUUGAGCAAUUGGAUGUCUAAAAUUGAAAAGCAUGGAUCAAAAAUGUUUCUGAAAUUUAACCAAUGCUUUUGGGCACCAUUUUUUUAAAGAAAUAAAUAAGAAAUAUUGUUAGAAAAUCCUUUAGACUGGUAUCAUUCAGUCUGUUACUGUCACACUACUAGACAGGCAGCUUCUUUAAUUAAAGGGUGCCAUUUAACACAGUUUGUGAAUUUGAAAAAUAAUGUUUAUUUCAAGAGACAUUGACAACAUUGAUACUGAUGUACUCAUUCAAAAAGGUAUGUGUGUGUAUGUGUAUACAUGCACACACACACAUGAGAAAACUGAUAGCAGUAAAACCAAAAGUUGGCAGAGGGAAUUGUAGCUAUUCUGGUUUUAAUAGGUUUUUUAAAAAAAAAAUUAAAAUUACUGUGCAGCACAAAGUGGUAACAUUUGUGAUUGUUCCCCUCUCUCUUUCAUUUGCAUUCAUAUUGGUUUUCUUGUUCUUCAAAGAUUUAAAUCUCCCUCACUCUCUUCUUGCAUCUAAUCCACUAAGGAUUGCUUGGCCUCAAAAAUAAACUAUAUAUAUUUACAACUAUUAAAUAUAUCUGCUGAGACAGAUAUAAGUAAGGAAGUGGGUGGAGUAUAUUUUAUUGCAAAGGAAUCAUUUUUAUUUAUUGUCUUAUGUAUAAAUUGAGAAAAAAAGAAAUGGUACAAGUUGUUGCAGUUGAAUCAUAGCUUUUACAAAUGUAAUUUUAUACUUACUUGAAUUCUAGAAUGGCUUAUUUAGGUACUGUACCACUAUGUUGUGUAAUUUGCAAGUUUCAUAUCUAUUUUCUCACUUACUACUAGAGUCCAUUCAGUUUGGCAACUCCCUUGAACUCAAUCUUCCUGUUUUUAUCACCUUCAAGUAACCGAGAUAAUUAAAUGGAAUAAAAGCAACCAAGAAUAUGAAGGUGAUUUAUAGAAUUUCAAAAGCUGCAAAGUGGUAAAUUUUAGUCUUGGUUCAAUGCUUAGGGUAUGUUUCAUUUUCUUUAGUUUAGACAUCAUGCCAAACCAGGAAGGAAAUUUAAUGAUAUUUUGGAAAUGGUUCACACAACAACUGAUUAAAUCUUUCUUUGCUUAAUGAUGAUUGUCAAAUAAGCCAUAUUUGACUUGAUUCAUGUUACACAUUAAAAUGUAACACACAAUUUAUAAAACGUAUUGGCUUGGAUCCCUCAUUCUACUAAAUAAAAAUAAAUCAUAUUGUAGUGUAUGAACCAGUUUUUAAGUAAUACCAAAUUUUAUGAAAUCUAAUCACAUUUUCCCAAGUACACAGAAUCAGAAUCAUAGAGUGGAAUGUCAUGUGAAUCAAUGUUAUAUUAAUUCUAUACUUAAUAAAACAUCUGCACUGAUGACCUUUUAGUAAAAAUGUUCCUUACUCAGCCUGUAGAAGCUGUGCAUCAUUGAGUACACUUUCAAAUCUCUGAACAAUCAUAUAUAAUAAUCAAGCAUAGUAACUCAGAAUCAUGAUUUGCCUACUAUAUUUUUUAUCUCAAACCAUUAAUUAAGCUACCUAGAGUUGGCAUGAGUAUGAGGCAGCCAUAAACAUCAGAAUUAAGCAUCCUAAAAUAAAAAUAGUUGAAAUCUCAGAAUCCCACAAAUCUCACAAGCUGUGAUUUGAGAAGGCCAAAACAAUAUAAAAAAUUGCUUGGAGCAAAAGAGAAGGUUGACAGACAUUUCAUGUAAUUUCAUUAUUUUUCCCUCACGAAAGAUUUUCUGUUCCCAAAAGGCUGCCUGAAAAAGUUGCUGUUCAGUGAUUUGGAUUGUAAGUUACGGGAAACAAAAACCAUGGUUUGGCAUGUUUUCUAAACUGAACUUGUCUUGACAGUGUAGGAAAAUCAGUUACAAAUCAAUCAACUUUAACACAACACUAGCAUCAUGUAACAUAUGUGGUUCUGCUAUAGGAAUGGGCACCUCCUAUGGGUUGCAGCACCUUGUUUGCAAUUCCUUGUGGCUGGGCCUGAAAUGGGGAUCCAGUUUUUGAGGUAGUGGACUGAAGGGUGAAGAUUUGCACCCAUUUCACCCAUUAAAAGUCCUCUAAUCCCUCUGCCAAAUGGGCUCAUUCUUCCCAUGUUGGUGGAGGGGGGUUAAGGUCAGAAGAGACGGUAUGGGCAUCUGCCUAAUACUUAAAAACAAGGUUGAAAGGUGGGGCCUCACCCACUCUGCCUAUACUUUCUAUAGCCCCUGGGCCCCUGGGCAUGAUGCAGAUACCAAGGACAUCAACACAGGCUAAAAACUGGCCCAUCCGUGUUCUAUAGGACAGAAAUACUCUCCUACUGUUCUGUAGGAUAGAUAUAUGUGGCAUCCUUGUUCUGUAGGACAGAUAUACAUGAUUAAUAUAUGCUAAUCCAGGGAAGAACACUCCACCAUCUGCAGUAGGUAGGGAUUUAAUUGCCUGCAAUGCUCACACCCCAAUUCCCAUGUAAAUUGGGAUUGGAGCACCUGGGGAGGCAUUAAAGCAUCACUCCCUGCCCACCUCCAAACGGGAUGUCCAUAACAACAUAAAUUGGUUCCCAUUUUUGUCUCUACUCAGGUUAAUUAUUAUUAAGAUUAUCAUUACUAUUAUUAUUUCGGUUACUACCUGGUAAUCUUGUUUGGUUUUCUUUCUCCCGGCCAUUUCCGUGAAUAGAAAGACUGAGUAAUUGAAAGUACAGUGUAAAUUUGGAUUUGUUGAUCUCCAAUUGAGUAGAUUACUAUGGCUGUGAGAGUUUCCCAAAAAGUUGUUCUACUGUAUCAAUUCCAAAAUGUACUCACUUCACAAAGGACAUACAUCCUGUUACCUCCUCACUCUGUGGUUUUCUUUUUGUUUCUCUUUUUGUUUUCUUUCUUUUACACGGGCCUCUCAAUCAAGGCUCCUAACUGCAAAAGAAAAGCCUACAAUAUGUGCCUGAAAAAGACAAAAUAAUUUUAUAAGAGUUUUUAAAACCUGAAUAGCCUUUAAUUUUUUAAUAUCAGUACAUUUUAUGUAAAAACAAAAGGUUUUUUUUCUGUUUCCUUUUUUUUUUUAUUUGACACAUGCAUUUGUUCACAUUUGUAAAUGACUUAAUGGAAUUCUCACUUUGUUUAUUUGUGUAAUGUGUAUAAACUGGGUUUGUGACUUAAGCAUAUUCAUAUAUGGUCAGUGGUUAUUUUAAUAUUGUACUGCUGCUGGUUACUUUGGGAAAGGGGUGUCAAUCUGCCUUGGAUGACAAAGUACCUCUUGCUUAGGUAUUGAGGGAAAGCUCUAUUUUAAAAGAAAAAUGAACCUCGGCAAAUUGUGUCUUAACAUAUUUUGAAGUUUUCAAAACAACUUUCAAUCAAACCUUUUGGCAGUACAGUAUUCUUGUAUUUGUCGUCUGUGUGUAGGUACUGGUACCUUCUUUGUUUUUAAAAACGUUUUAAGUGUUGGCUUUAAAGUGAAUUUAUCUUUAGUAUGAUAGUAAUAUGAAAAUUAUAGGGUUUGUGUGCAGAGAAUUUUUUUAUAAAAGUGCUUUGUAAAAAAAAAAGUGUAUUCUAGCUUUCGCGGUACAUAUGUGUGAUACCUUUAAUAUCCAUGACAGUUAAGUGCAAUUAUUUCAUCACUCUAAAAAUGCUAUUUUUGUGUCGGUUACUGCAGGUGUUCAUGUCUUUGCAAAGUGACACAUUUUGAUGCCUUCUUGAUAAAAGUGGUAGAUUUUUUUGUAGCUUUCUAGAAAAUUUGUAUUCCUACAGUAUUGAUUGGAAAUAAAGGAAAUAAAAUCAUUGUCAA